AUGACUGUGUACAUGCGCACCGAACAGGAAGAUGCAGUGGGCAGAGAGGGUGGUGGUGCAUCUGGGAAAUCGCUGGAGAUAAUAAAGACUGCUUCUGCAAUUGUCUGUAUGCUCAGCGCUGGGUACGUACACAACGUUUUGUGCAUGGAUGAACUCGCAUUUGCCAAACAGCAUGAGGUCCCCGUGGUGCCAAUUUCGUGCGAAUUCGUUACAAUGUCUGAAGAAUUACAGAUGUUUGUUUUUACGCGGCAGAUUGUGCCAUUUGGCCAGACUGUCACGUUGCGUCAUUCAAAGACGGCAGACUUCAGUAAAGAUGGUUCUUUCGUAUCUGACUCGUCAACCGUGGAUCACGUCGAGUUUGAGAUUGAUGAGGUUAAAUUUCAGGCCAGUCUUAGAAGUCUGAUCGACGGCUUACGAGAUGAGGUGGAAAUGCAUCGGCUCGGAGGCGAUCGCAAUCCGGCUGAACGGCGAGUUGGUAAACACCAGCCAUUGGGCAGGGCUGCAACGAUGAGGCGCCGACGAAUGGAUGAGGUUGUAAAUGCUGUAAUCUUUCGCGGUAGUGGGAGGAGGAAUACGUUUGGAGGACUGAUCUUUUCAAUCUUUGUUUCGCAUGGAGAUUGCCAUCGAGAUUUUGUGACGAGUUUGUGCACAGAGCUGCGGCGUCACCAAUUGCCAUUCGUGGUUGAUUCCAUGACAAACGUAUCCAGCACGAAGGAACGUAUUUUGGCAGCAAAGGAUGCAAUUCUACAGAGCUUGGUGGUUUUAGUUGUGCUAUCGAAACGUAGUGUGAAAACGGAGCUGGUAAGUGAUCAGUUGGCGUUUGCUGAAGACAAAGGAAAAACGAUUGUGCCCAUUUAUUUCUCCAAGCAACUACGAGGCGUGGAUUUUACCUUAGACAAGCUUCUUGACCGAGAAGGUCGCACGUACAUCUUUUCCAACGAUAUCAGCUGUGGUCGUGGAUUUGGUGAGUUAUUGCAUGACCUGCGCACAGGGACAACAAGGAUGUUUGCUCGAGUGGCGCUGGUGUUUCCUUGUUGUCAAACCAAGUCGCACAAGAAACAGUCCGUCGUUUGCUAA